AUGAAUAUGGAGGAGGGAGAUGAGUUCAUUCGAUUGAAACAUAGUGCUUCGAAACUUCUUCAACAAGCUCAUGACCAAGCCCAUGCUCAUCAACACCGACUAUCUACGAAUGGAAGAUGUCGGUCAGCAUGCGAUCAGCUGGAUGCGCGUAUCAAGAAGCGAUUAAACUCCUUCACCCCAGUGAAAUGGGCUGGGAAACCAAACAAAUUGUCACCUCUAAUGUUCGCAUCACACGGGUGGGUUUGUGUAUCCUCAGAUAUGGUGCAUUGUGAGGCCUGUGGUCAAUAUAUGAGUAUUUUGAUACCCUCACUGGUGCAUGCUAAUGUUUGUGCUUACCAGAAAUCAGUCAGAAUGCUUGUUUCCAUGAUCACCAUGAAACAUUAUGUUACAUGUCCGUAUAGGUAUACUUCUUCUAGUACGGAUGAUGCCAUACUAUUGAACGCUCUCUCCAAAGACGUUGUUAAUCACAAGUAUGAAAUCAUGAAGGGGCUUGAUUUCGAGCAAAUUAAAGUGGAUGUUCCUGAAGUCUAUGGUUCUUCAACUAUGGUUCUUGAAACGAUUGAACAGAAGUGCAAAGCACUCAUUUGUUUUGGCUGGCAAAAAAGCAAAUAUUUGGAUGAUGCUGUAGUCUGCGUACAUUGCAAUAGGAUAGUGGGGUUAUGGCUUCUAAGAGGACAUUUUUUUGAUGUUGAGAAGCAGCAUCAUAAUUGGUGUACUUUUGCAUCAGAUACAAGUCGACACACAGAUGGAUGGCAGUGCCGUCACUUUGUACUACAAUGCAUUAACAGCUCAAAGGACCUCCCUGCCACGAACUGGGCCGCCAAAGCAGAAGUUUGGAAAUCAGCUAUAAUGCCGAAAAAUAUAAAAUCUCUUAUCAGAGAAUAA